AUGAAAGAUAGCAGUGGAGAUGUUGUGCCUCUACUAAGAACGCAAAUUACGAAUGAAAUUCCUAUCAUAACAAUAAUUGCAAUUGUACCACUUCCUAAAGAGGCUGAAGAACUAGAACCUAUAUUUAUCAUAUUAUAUUGUGGCAUUUAAUUUUAGAGUGUCUAUGUGCGUGCAUUAAUUGCAAAAAUAUAUUUUAAAUUUUACUUGAUGUAUCAGUGUUUGAAGUAGACGUAGAGCUCAUUUAUAGUUUGUUUAUAUCUUUUAUUUAAUUUGCGGAAAUCUUAUAAAAAAUUCAAAUUUUAGAGUAUUUUUAUUUAAUAUAAGACUAAUAUUUAAAACAAUAAAGACUUUUGGUUGUUUUAAUGCAUUUAUGCAAUAGUUUUUAAAUUUAAAAAUAGAUAGUUAUUUUUUAUAAUAAAUACUAAAAUUUAAAUACUUUAAUUUUAUAAUAGAAAUUAUUUAUUAUUUACUUAAAUUCAUUCAAAAUAUAUUUUAUAAAAAUUGCAUCAAGUACAAGUUCAUGAAUGCAAAGAAGCAGCAGAAGAAUAUAUUAACAAAUUUAGGUAUUUAUAAGAUGAAAAACAUCAAUUAAUAAUUAUACAAAACGAUUUAUUUAAUAUUAAUGAUAAAUGA